CGAUCCUUUAAUAUAAGAGACAUGUCAGUCAUGCGUCCUUACAUGUUCCUGCUUGAUCUCCAGCUGCGCUCAAAUUUUUCACUUCAUUCCAUUCCGAUUUGCAUGCGAAGCUUGACGCCUCGAUCUGGUUCUCUUCUCAUAAUAUUUUAAUUCCAUCUUGUCUUUCCUUCCAAGCAUAUCACUCAGAAGCCACUCAACAACAACAGCCAUGCAUUCCCAGUUCCUCGUCGCUUUUGCUUUGUUCGGCGGUUUCAAUGCCCUUCCGCUUAACAUCAACCUCGGAGCAUACUCGCCAGCCCUGGUAGUCGGUGAUGGCGAAAUUUCAUUUGGAGGUAAACAAGAUGUCUCAAACCUGAUGAACGCCCUGGAAGGAGCAGCGGUAUCAGGAGCGGCAGCAGCAGCCGCACCAGCAGCCGCCGCUCAACCCGCUGCUGCUGUCGUUCCAGCUCAAGGUCAGGAUGCAACCCAGAUCACCUCCCUCCAAGGCAUGGGCAAAGAAAUUGCUCCCCGUGUCGUCAAGCUGGUCCCUAACCCAGCAUCAGUGAAGAGGGAUAUCGCUGGUUUCAACGCAGCACUGAACUACGCCACUGGUGCCUUGAAGACGAGCCCUGAGGUCCAACUCGGUACUGGCGAAGGUGGAUCUGGAGUUGGUAUCACGCAAAAGCCUGGUACCGCAGCCGCCCCCCUUACAUCCGCCAGACCAGCUGCCAAGGCGCGGGAGGUUCUCGAGCGGGACGCCGACAAGUUGAUCACCAGCAACCUUGUAGCAAGAGACCAAGCCAUGGCUAAAGAGGCUAUUGCUCGGGAUGAGCUUUCCCCAAAGAUGAAGACCACGGUUACGACGAUGUUUGUGCGAGGUGGGCCGGCUCCCGUUGCACGAAGUGAAGACGGCACUCCCCUCGAGAAGCGUGAGACGACUAGCACUGAGAAGCGCGCACCAAGCCCGGGCAUCGAUGGUGUUAACCUGAACAUGGCAGAAGGACAGGUGGCUGAGCUCACGUUCGUCGAGACGAGAGCAAUUAACGAUGAUGAAUGAGUGGUUGGAUGAAAUGAAAUUGUUGGUGGCUUGUAAGUUA